AUGAAGUCGAACGAGAUCUCGGCACCAUCGGAAAUCGCAUCGCCUCCUGCCCCACAACUCCCGCCACGCAAUGAUGAAAUUUGGACCAACAACCUCGUGGUUCCUCUGAAGCAACUUGCUAUCAGAAUCACCGUCUGCUAA